GUCUUCCAUGGUUGGAGUGGUCUGUUUGUUUGUUGUUUAUUUGUUUGUUGUUUAUUUGUUUCGGGGACUCGAAUUGGAAGUGCAAACAUUUUAGAAAAGCCUCGUUUGUUACGUUACACAUAUAUAAAAUUCAUCAAGUCGCCUUUCGGAUUCAGUCAGUCGCAGGCGAUAGCGCGAGGCAGAUCAAAAUAAUAGAAAAAUAAAUCAAAGAAAUUUUUCAAAAUUUUCAAUUUAUUGGAAUCUGAAAUAUUUGAACGGGAAAAUACAGAUAUAUUUAAAUUGUGAAAUAAGACAGAAAGGAUUCGACGCGAACCAAAAACGUUCCGAUCGCAUGUGAAUUAAGGAUGUACGAUCAUGGAUAAAUUUAACUUAAACAACUCGCAGUUAACUCUCAUCGGGGGAAGCCACGCGGAUCUGAGAACGGGAAACGUGAACGGGGCUACGGAGAAGACGUCCAGCGAUGGAUCUGGAGACGAAGCCAAGCUCGAUUCCUGCGAGGGAUGCCUCAAGAAAAACACGGUCUUGUAUAUACCGGAAGAAAAAUACCUUCAGAGGCUGCAGCAGAACCCUUCCAAACCCAACCUGAAAGAGUGGUUUAAGCGCAGGACAAACAAGAACAGCAACAAGAAACUACUGCUGAAACGCAUCCCCAUCCUAUCCUGGCUACCGAAGUACUCCAUCAGCGAUGGAGUUUCGGACCUGGUGGCUGGCAUCACCGUCGGCCUUACCGUCAUUCCGCAGGCAAUAGCCUAUUCUAACGUCGCCGGCCUUCCGCCGCAAGUCGGCCUCUAUUCCUCAUUUAUGGCCUGCUUUGUCUACGCCGUCUUCGGCAGCGUCAAGGACUCCGCUAUUGGACCCACGGCUAUCUCAGGUCUACUCACCAGGGAGAACAACCACGGUUUCGGCGUUGACGGCGCCGUCCUCCUCUGCCUCCUCACAGGCUGCGUUCAAUUUCUCAUGGGAAUACUACAAUUGGGUUUUUUGAUCGACUUCAUCUCGGGUCCAGUAUCGAUAGGCUUCACAUCGGCCGCAGCAAUAAUCAUAGCAACCACCCAAGUGAAAGAUAUACUAGGUUUAAGUAUAUCUGGAGGAAGCUUCCUCGACGUAUGGGAGAACAUCUUCGAACACAUUUCUGAGACUCGUCUCUUCGACCUCAUCCUAGGUGUCUCUUGCAUGCUCGUCAUACUAUUUUUAAGGAAAUCAAAGGACUUCCAAAUCGGUCCGAAAGACAUUAAGGAACGAAAAUCAUACCACGACGUCAUCGCAAAAUGCGUGUGGCUCAUUUCGACAGCCAGAAAUAUUAUAGUUGUGGUAUUCUGCGCGGUUUUCGCUGUGAUCUGCGAGUCGCACCAAGCACAACCCUUUAUUUUGACUGGCGUCGUCAAACCGGGCCUCCCGGAAAUUAAACCACCGCCGUUUACCACGUCCGCCGGUAACGUGACUUACAACUUUAUAGAUAUGGCCUCCACGAUGGGCUCAGCUCUCAUCGUAGUACCGCUUCUGGGAAUUCUCGAGAACAUAGCGCUCGCUAAAGUUUUUUCUGAAGGAAAGGCCAUAGACGCCACACAGGAAAUGCUUGCGCUUGGUGUCUGCAAUAUAGCUUCGUCGUUCGUGAGUUCUAUGCCAGUCACGGGUGCGCUUUCCCGAGGAGCCGUUAACAAUGCCAGUGGUGUGAAGACAACAUUCGGCGGCAUAUACACCGGCAUCAUCGUCAUCCUUUCUUUGCAGUUUUUCACACCGUACUUCUACUACAUCCCCAAAGCUUCUUUGGCGGCGGUUAUAAUCGCCGCGGUGGUCUUCAUGGUGGAGUUGCACGUAGUGAAACCGAUCUGGCGCACCAAAAAAAGUGACUUGAUUCCCGCCACUGCCACCUUCUUGUGCUGUCUGUUUUUGCGUCUAGAAAUCGGCAUCGCCAUCGGAAUUGGCAUAAACCUCGUUUCCCUUUUGUACGCUUCGGCGAGGCCUUCCGUACGCGUUGAGAAAGUCACAGCGACCUCAGGAUGCGAAUAUUUGCUGAUCACACCGGACAGGAGUUUGGCGUUUCCUUCUGUUGAGUACGUCAGAUCUACUGUUACUAAAGCCGGCGUUAAGCAGGGUUCAAGCUCUAUUCCAGUAGUAAUCGAUGCUAGGCAUAUGCAGGGAGCGGAUUUCACCGUAGCUAAAGGCAUCAAACUGCUGAUAGAGGACUUUAUUCAGCGCAGGCAACCUUUGCUUUUUUACAACCUCAAGACCAGCGUCAUUUCGACCUUCCAGGGCGUACAGCCUAAAGAGUUUGUUUACUGUCGCACCUUCCAAGAACUUGACGAUAUUUUGAACACUUAUAGCAUCAAAAGUAAAGAGGAAGUCAUCGAACAAACUACUGUUGUUGAUAAAUUGUGAUAGAAUCCUAGAAAUUAAUUUAUAUGAAUAUUUCAUUCCCUUUUUGUAUUAAUACAGCUAUAGACUAUA